AUGACGGAAUGGACGAAACAUCUGAAUCCAGAUGGUAGUUAUACGACUUUUACCUUCGUCCGAGAUCCAGUGCAACGUUUUCUCUCAGCCUAUGUUGAUAAAUGUGUCAUGUAAGUCAUUUCAAGUUUUAGAACACACCUUUAAAAUAAAAGAAAAUCUAAGUAAGAUUUUACUUUGUAUUUUCGUUGGAAGUAUUAAAAUAAGUGCGAUAAUUAUACAAUAGUAAAAAAGAGUACAUUUAGAGAACCUGCAAAAACCCAUAUUCAAGCGUUAGAUUGCUACGAUUGUGGUAGUAAUAUGGAAUGCUUUAUUCAUACAUUACAUAAUCGUUUAUGGAAAUUCAUGAAUGGAACUUAUUCCUUAAGCGUUAUGGACAAGCAUGUUAUUCCACAAACUUGGUAUGUUCCAAAAUGUUUUAAGUAAAGAAAGCAAGUUGUUACAAAAAAUUAUAAUAAUUUUAAAAACUUUUGCAAAGCAGUAUUACUAACUCCAAUUUAGGCAUUGCCAAAUGAAAGACUACAUGCGUGCUUAUAAAAUCUUCCGCUAUGUGUCAACAACUUCAGAUGAGUACAAUAUUUUUGUUAAGGCAUUGGCCGAGAUUCUAGAGUCCCACAAUGUUCCUCAAAAACAUAUUGCUUAUGUUAUAGACGGUUUAACCAGUGGUGAAUCGCCGCACACAACAUCUAAAUCUACAGUUAGGUCAGAGUACGAAAAACAGCUUUUUGAAAGACCAGACUUACUCAAAAUGCUGGUAGAUUUCUAUUAUUAUGAUUAUGUAAUUUUUGGGUUUAGCAUGCCUAGUUUUUAAAAAUUUUAUUUUAUUAACAGAAAAUAAUAAUAAACUAGUUAGUGUACACUGAAUUGCUGUUAAUUUAAAAGUAGGUUUAAAGAGAAAUUAUAGACUUGAAUGUUUAUAAGAAAUAAUUGAUCGAAAGUCCAUUAUUGACUGUUAUGUGUGUCAUUUGGUGUAUCUCAAGUUAAAAAAUGACGAAAGCAUUAUUCUAUGAGUUACAGAAUCAAACCAACUCCAAAUUCUUGUAAGAUAUAAUGAGCUUUUUCAAUUUAUCUGCUUUUAAAAAAACCGUCUUUUCCUCGUUCAUACGAUAAAGAUCAGUUAUACGGGAAGCAAUAUUGUAAAUUUUUAAAAUUUCCUCUUAUUUGUGCUAAUUGAGGGUUAAAGUAAUGUUAACAAACUACUUUUUUAAGGGCAAUUAUAGCAAGUACUUCCUUUAUUUAAAGUAUUUUAUCAUUUUUACGAUAAUAUUUCUAAUGUGUAAAAUUGUCACACAAAACAAAAUUCCAAAUCUACUUGUGGUACAUGAACCGGCGCCACCUGUUGAAGUAGACAAAUGUAAACGAAACGGUGACAAUUUCAAUCACUGCAACCCAUUUAUUGACCCCAAGACGGGAAUGAAUGGUAUCAAUGCGCUGCCGCCGUUUGUAGAUGCUCUAUCACACAUGAUUGUUAGUUUUUUUUUAACUUUUUCUUACUUUUUGCCACUUUUGGCCUAUCGUGAUAUUGUUUCUUAAAAUCUUCAUACUCUUGACUUGUAAGUGACACUCAAAUGAGCUUUUUUAGUUUACUACCCGCUACAAAAUAGGAGCAUGCUUACUUCCAAAAGCAAUGUCAACCAUAAUGACCGCAGUUAUGUGUUAUCUCCAAAAAGAUGAAGAAUUUAUUCGUAAUAACAGAACAAUUUCUACUGAAAUCUACGAUACAAGGUAAGUCAAUAGUUGGAUAUUGUUAUAGCCUUUCAGUGCCUUCCAUGGUUAACUACUGACUAUCUGUUUGCUUUAUUAAAGGUAAAAUACAGUUUAUGGUCAAGUUACCUAUAAUUAGUGAGUAUACUACUCUCUUAGUUCCCCCAUAGCUACCAACUCACUCGUACAGUCUAACGGGUGGUGUUCAAGAUUUUUUUUACUAAAAAAACAUCAAACUUUUUUUUAAUUACUAAUCAAUUGUAAUUUUAGAUAUUGCCAAGAAGAAAUCGAGCGAUUGAGUGUGGACGAAUGGACUAUACAAUUUAAUCAACCACAUGAUUAUACCGUUUUUACUGUUGUCCGAGAUCCAAUCGAGCGUUUUAUUUCGGCUUUUGUUGAUAAGUGUGUCUUGUAAGUUCUAACUCCAGACCUGUUUUAGGUAAUAUUAUUUUAAGUAUUAAAACACACAAUUUUAGAUCUCAAGAACUAAAUGGCGCUCCGUAUAUAUGCUAUGGCUGUGCAAACGAUUUCAAAUGUUUUAUCCAUAAAGUACAUAAGCGUCUUUGGAGGUAUCUUAAGGCACCUUAUCAAUUAACUUUCGUGGACGUGCACAUCAUACCGCAAACUUGGUAGGAUACUAAAAUACAUUCGUCAUAUAUGGCUGGGGACUUACACUUCAAAUUUUUUUUCCUCAAAAAUAUUUUUUUUCUCAGUGAGAAUUAAAAAAUGGCGCAGAAAAAUACAGAAUCCUGCGCCAUUUGAAAAAAAUAUCGUUUGAAAGAGAGAGAGUCUUUUCUCUAGUGUCUCUCGUUUUAUUGUGCUCUCUUUUUAAAACGGCGCGCAAUUUUGUAUUUUCCUGCGCCAUUUUUUGGUUUUCACUGAGAAAAAAAAUAUUUUUGAGAAAAAAAAUUUGAAGUAUCAGUCUCCAGCCAUAUAUGCUGAAUAGAAUAUUCAUCAUAACUUAUUAUUUUUGCUUUUUAAAAAGUUUUAAGACUUUUUCUUGUUUAGUAAAAAAAUCCAUUGGAUUAACGUUAGCUGACUUUAGGAACUGCCAGAUGAAAGACUACAUGCAUAACUACAAAAUCCUCCGAUAUGUGUCUGCGUCUUCAGAUGAAUACAAAAAUUUUGUUAAAGCAUUAACAGAAAUUUUAGAGUCCCAGAAUGUUCCUGAAAAACAUAUUGCUUAUGUUGUAGAGGGUCUAACUAGUGGCGAAUCGCCACACACAACAUCUAAAUCUACAGUUAGGUCAAAAUACGUAAAACAGCUUUUUGAAAGACCAGAUCUGCUCAAAAUGGUAGUUGACUUCUAUUACUACGAUUAUGUCACGUUUGGUUUUACUUUGCCUAAUGUAUAAAAUAGUUUAAUAUAAAAUUUACAAAUGAUUUAUGCAUUUCAUUUACAUUGCGAUUAUAUUGUAAUUACAAGUAAAAACACUACGGACGGCACCAAAAGAGUACAGAAACAGAACACGUUUAAUCGUUAUUUUAAUCGUUUUUAAGUUUUUGCAUAAAUAUGAAUAGGUAUCUGAACAAACGAAAUCACCAAACGUUUACUUUUAAAAAUAAAAUACUAAUACUACCUCUCUUGUUACACAACUGCAGUAUUAAAAUUUCUUAUUUUACGGCAAAAUAUUAGUAUUAUUAAGUUAAUAAACUACUAGCUAAAGUUCACGUAAAAAAUGACAACUUAUCAACCCAUGGACAUUAACAGAUGUGUCAUAAUUAACCGAAAGUACCUUAUUGUCAUUACAGUUGUGUGUCUUUUGUUGCUCUACCUGAGUUUUGUCCAAAAUAAAACAAUUUUAGAAGCUAAUCGUACUAAAACAACAUCAAAUCAAACAUUAAUACAACCAAGUACGGGAUAUAACGCUUUGUAUGCAUUACCGCCGUUUCACAAUGUUGAUGCACAUAUGAUAGUAAGUUAUAAAAUUAUCGUGGCUUCGUUUUAUUCCUGACGUGGAACUCUUGUCCAAUCAUAAUUGUAAAGAUCCUCAAUGAGCGCGAAUUACCAAAGGAUUGAAUUUCUAAACCAUAUUGUUUUAGUACGUUGACCGCUACAAAUUAGGCGCAUGUUUAUUACCCAAAUGUAUGUCAACCAUUAUGACCGGCGUUCUAUGUUACUUGUACGAUGAUAAAGCUUUUACAAACGCAAAUCGAUCAAUUGCCACAGAAGCAUUUGUAGACAGGUCAGUUAAUUUUAAUUAAAAAUCAGUUUUACUCCACAAAAACCUAGCUCAUUUUUAAAAACUACCAAUAAAAGAAUAAGGAUAACCCAAUAGCCUAAUAAAGCUCCUAUUAGAAAUUCCAAAAUAAUAAUUAAAAGAAUUUCAGAUUUUGUGGAGACACUAUAGACAGCAGAGACAUGAAACAAUGGACAUCAAGAUACAAUAGGCAGCGAGAUUACACUGUUUUGACAUUUGUUAGAGACCCAAUCGACAGGUUUUUAUCAGCUUUUGUCGAUAAAUGUGAUAUGUAAGUAUUAUUGAAUCUAAUCAGUGCUAUGCCAGAAUUUUUAAAAAUUGUAGGCUUUAUACUUGUUUUAUUUUAGUGAACAAAACCAUCCGGAAGAAUGGCGUCAUUUGGAUUGUUAUGGUUGUGAACGGAAUGUUGAAUGCUUUAUUCGCAAACUCAAAGACAGGUUAUGGAAUCACCUUAACGGAAAACACGGUCUGACCAUGAUGGACAUUCAUGUCGUUCCUCAAACAUGGUAUGUUCCUUGAACAUUGUCAAUGAUCCUUUACCUGUCACAAACAAUUUCAAAUAAUCCAUAUAGGUGUUGGCUAUUAAGUCACCUAUUUUCGUAAAAUAAUACAAUCAUUUAUUUGAUUAACUUCAAUUUUUUCAGGCACUGCAGUAUGAAAACGUACAUGUCUUAUUACAAAGUGUUUCGUUACGUAUCAUCCAAAUCUGAUGAAUAUCAAGUGUUCCUCUCAGAACUCAAAGCCAUAUUCGAAGACCGCAACAUACCACAAGAACAAAUAUCUUAUGUUAUGAAAGAACUGAACGUUGGUCAUUCCCACCACAGUACUUCAAACUCGUCGGUCAGUUCGAUAUAUAGGAAUGAAUUAAUGUCAAAGCCGGAACUCAUCAAAAUAUUGGUCGAUCUUUAUUACUAUGACUAUGUCACUUUCGGACUUCCUUUUCCAAAGUUUUAA